AUGAAUUACUCCUCCUUUAAUUGCUAAAUUUCUUCAUAGAUUAGAAAUUUGUAUGACUCAAUUCUGGUAAAAUGCAAUAAACAAAUUCUUUAUAUUACAAAAACACCAACCAAAAGGAAGAAGAAAAAGAAAGCAAAGGCAUUAGAAGGUUCUGUUCCAGAUUCGCUGUCAUACACACACACACAAACACCCAUUCCGCCAGCUAUGCCUUUUCUUGAUGAAGAUUUCUCAUAUGAUAAUUGAGGAUCAUGGUCAUUAAAUCAGUGGUUAAUGCCAGCAAGUAGAUAUGGACUUCUUAUUUGUACUAUUGCUGUUGGGUUGCCUGUGUUCAUUUGUGUUACCUGAUUCACAAGGAGAUGCACUGAUUGCAUUGAAGUUAUCACUGAAUGCUUCAGGUCAACAGCUUAGUGACUGGAAUGAAAAUCAAGUCAACCCUUGUACCUGGUCGCGCGUUAACUGUGACUUUAACAACAAUGUUAAUCAAGUUUCACUAGCGAUGAUGGGAUUCCCAGGACGCUUGACCCCAAGGAUAGGAGCUCUAAAAUAUCUCGAAACUCUUUCUUUGCAAGGAAAUGGCAUCACUGGUGACAUACCAAAAGAGUUCGGAAACCUGACAAGCUUGAUCAGGUUGGAUUUGGAAAACAACAGAUUAACUGGUGAAAUACCGUCUUCCUUUGGUAAUCUUAAAAAGCUCCAAUUCUUGACAUUGAGUCAAAACAAUCUCAGUGGAAUUAUUCCUGAAUCACUUGCCAAUAUAUCAAGCUUGAGCGAAAUUCAGCUAGAUUCAAAUAAUCUUAGCGGCCGGAUUCCACAACAUUUAUUUCAAGUUCCUAAAUACAAUUUCAGUGGAAAUACUUUGGAUUGUGGUGUGAGUUAUGGUCAACCUUGUGCAUAUAAUAACAAUGCAGAUCAAGGUUCAUCACAUAAACCAACUGGCCUCAUAAUUGGGAUUAGCAUAGCAUUUAUAGCUAUCCUUGUUAUUGGUGGUCUGCUGCUAUUUUGGUGCAAGGGUAGGCACAAGGGCUACAAGCGUGAAGUUUUUGUUGAUGUUGCAGGUGAAGUUGAUCGACGAAUUGCGUUUGGUCAACUAAGAAGGUUUGCAUGGAGAGAACUACAAAUAGCUACCGACAAUUUCAGUGAGAAAAAUGUUUUAGGACAGGGAGGCUUUGGAAAGGUUUAUAAAGGCGUCCUUGCUGAUAACACAAAAGUUGCUGUCAAAAGGUUAACUGAUUAUGAAAGCCCCGGUGGAGAUGCAGCUUUCACGCGUGAAGUUGAGAUGAUAAGUGUAGCUGUUCACAGGAACUUGUUACGGCUGAUUGGGUUUUGUACUACUCCAACUGAGCGCCUCUUGGUUUAUCCCUUCAUGCAGAACUUAAGUGUCGCCUAUCGUCUACGAGAACUCAAAGCUGGGGAAGCUGUUUUGGAUUGGCCUACGAGAAAACGAGUGGCUCUGGGAACUGCACGAGGCCUAGAAUAUCUUCAUGAGCAUUGCAAUCCUAAGAUUAUCCAUCGUGAUGUGAAGGCAGCUAAUGUAUUACUAGACGAAGAUUUUGAGGCAGUUGUCGGCGACUUUGGUUUGGCAAAGUUAGUUGACAUUCGAAAGACUAAUGUGACAACUCAAGUUCGCGGGACAAUGGGUCACAUAGCUCCUGAAUAUCUGUCGACCGGAAAAUCUUCAGAAAGGACUGAUGUUUUUGGUUACGGGAUUAUGCUUCUGGAGCUUGUUACAGGUCAACGUGCAAUUGACUUUUCACGUUUGGAAGAGGAAGAUGAUGUGCUGUUGCUUGACCAUGUUAAGAAAUUAGAACGAGAGAAAAGACUCGAAGCUAUUGUUGAUCGCAACCUAAAUAAAAAUUACAACAUGCAUGAGGUAGAAAUGAUGAUAAAAGUUGCAUUACUGUGCACUCAAGCAACGUCGGAGGACCGUCCCCUGAUGUCUGAGGUUGUAAGAAUGCUAGAAGGAGAAGGGUUGGCCGAAAGGUGGGAGGAAUGGCAGCAUGUGGAGGUGAAUCGAAGGCAAGAAUACGAUAGAUUACAAAGAAGAUUUGAUUGGGGAGAAGAUUCAGUUUAUAAUCAAGACGCCAUUGAGUUAUCUGGUGGGAGGUGAGAAGACACAUAGAUUUGAACCAAUUAUCCUUUUUUGAUAGGUUAGCUUGUAUGAAUAGAGAUGGAAGUUUUAUUGUAUCUCAACUGUAAGAAAGAGGAAGAAAAAUUAUAAUUUUUGUGUCAAGAUGUUGCUUGUGGUACUAUUGAGGUUUACUCAAGUGCAGAAACUCAUUAAAGAUAAGAUGUUUGGUGAGUUUUUAGCAACAUUCCUGUUAUAGGGGAACAUAUGUGGUGCUAUGCCAUGCAAGUUCCCAUACAAUCAAUGAUUGUUGUACAUAAGGUUUUUACAAAGAAGCCUUGUUCCUGGUUUCAUAUUCAGUGACUGUACAAUGAACAAUCUCCUUUUAGAGUGGUACCAUGAAAAAAUAUUUGAUUA